GUGGGCUCCGCUGGACCUCUCUGUGGUAGGGUCCAGUCUUUUCAUUUCAGUGUCACUUACAUUUGCAGCUGUUGUUUUCUUCUUUACCUUCUACUCAUUCUCUGAAGAAAAAGAAGAGCAACCAGCCCUGAGAAUGUCGCAAACAACGAUAAAACAUGAGCACAGUGACACGAUGGGGAUCGGCAAAGCCAUUGCUGUGUUGACGUCCGGAGGAGAUGCCCAAGGCAUGAACGCUGCUGUCCGGGCAGUAGUCCGAGUGGGGAUAUAUACUGGUGCCAAAGUAUUCUUUGUUCAUGAGGGCUACCAAGGGCUUGUGGAUGGAGGUGACAAUAUUAAGGAAGCAACGUGGGAAAGUGUGUCUAUGAUGCUACAACUGGGCGGCACAGUGAUUGGGAGUGCCAGGUGCCAGGACUUCCGCACCCGUGAAGGACGCCUGAAAGCCGCUCGCAACCUGGUCAAGAAAGGAAUAACAAACCUGUGCGUGAUCGGGGGCGACGGCAGUUUGACCGGAGCGGACACUUUCCGAGCAGAGUGGAGCAAUUUGCUGCAGGAUCUGGUUAAGACAGGUGGCAUCACAGCAGAAGAAGCAAAGAAGUCGAAUUACCUGAACAUUGUUGGCAUGGUUGGUUCAAUUGAUAAUGACUUUUGUGGUACCGACAUGACCAUUGGCACAGACUCUGCUCUUCACAGGAUAAUGGAGAUUGUCGACGCUAUUGCCACCACAGCCCAAAGCCACCAGAGGACAUUUGUACUGGAGGUCAUGGGUCGUCAUUGCGGUUAUCUAGCCCUUGUAACAGCCUUGGCAAGUGGUGCUGACUGGGUUUUCAUUCCGGAAUCACCACCGGAAGACGACUGGGAGGAUCACUUGUGCAGGAGGUUAACUGAGACAAGAACCCGUGGCUCAAGGCUGAACAUCAUCAUUGUGGCUGAAGGAGCCAUCGACAAACACGGCAAGCCCAUCACCUCAGAAGAUAUUAAAAAUCUGGUUGUGAAACGUCUGGGCUACGACACGAGAGUUACCAUCCUCGGGCAUGUGCAGCGUGGUGGGACCCCCUCUGCCUUUGAUCGUAUCCUGGGGAGCAGGAUGGGAGUAGAAGCAGUCAUGGCCUUAUUAGAGGGAACUCCAGAUACUCCAGCAUGCGUGGUCAGUCUGUCCGGCAACCAAGCCAUCCGUCUUCCUCUCAUGGAGUGUGUCCAAGUGACAAAAGACGUUACAACAGCGAUGAAUGAGCGCCGGUUCGAUGAAGCUCUUAAACUUAGAGGAAGGAGUUUUCAGAACAACUGGAAUGUUUACAAGAUUUUGGCCCACAUCCGCCCCCCCUCUGCAAAGAGCGGCUACACUCUGGCGGUGAUGAAUGUGGGCGCGCCAGCAGCCGGCAUGAACGCAGCCGUGAGGUCGGCCGUCAGAAUUGGGUUGAUCCACGGCCAUAAGAUGCUGGCCGUGCAUGAUGGGUUUGAAGGCCUGGCUGAAGGGAAGAUUGAAGAAAUCGGUUGGGGAGGAGUUGGCGGCUGGACUGGGAAAGGUGGAUCGAGCCUUGGAACCAAAAGGACUCUGCCCAAGAAAUACUUUGAGGAUAUCAGCAACACCAUCGCCAGUUUUAACAUUCAUGGACUCAUCAUCAUUGGUGGCUUUGAGGCUUUCACCGGCAGCCUGGAGAUGAUUGAAGGCCGGUCCAAGUUUGAAGAGCUCUGCAUCCCGCUCUGUGUGAUCCCUGCCACUGUCUCCAACAAUGUUCCCGGCUCCGACUUCAGCAUUGGGGCAGACACUGCCCUCAACACCAUCACGUCGACGUGCGACCGGAUCAAGCAGUCUGCGGCUGGCACCAAGAGGCGGGUGUUCAUCAUUGAGACCAUGGGAGGAUUCUGCGGCUACCUGGCUACCAUGGCAGGCUUGGCUGCUGGAGCAGAUGCGGCCUAUAUUUAUGAAGAUCCUUUCACCAUCCAUGACUUGGAGAUGAAUGUGGAGCAUCUUACUGAGAAGAUGAAGACCACCGUGAAGAGAGGUCUAGUAUUGAGGAAUGAGAAAUGCAAUGAGAACUACACCACUGAGUUCAUAUACAACUUAUAUUCUGAAGAAGGGAAAGGCAUCUUCGACACCAGGAAGAAUGUUUUGGGACACAUGCAGCAGGGUGGGUCACCAACGCCUUUCGACAGAAACUUUGGAACGAAAAUGGGUGCCAAGGCAGUGGCGUGGAUGAGCGGCAAGAUCAAAGAGUGUUCCAGGCACGGUCGUAUCUUCGCCAACACUGCUGAUUCAGCUUGCCUUCUGGGCAUGCGCAGACGGGCCCUUGUAUUCCAGCCUCUUGCUGAACUUAAAGAACAGACAGAUUUUGAGCACCGCCUUCCCAAGUGUCAGUGGUGGCUGAAGCUUCGCCCCAUCUUGAAGAUUCUUGCCAAGUACAAGAUUGAGCUGGAUACCUCGGAGACAGCCCACUUAGAGCACAUCACCCGCAAGAGAGUAUCCGGCGAAGGUUCCCUGUGAACAGCUUAGCAAGCCAGCUCCGGCUCUCCCUUGAAUCAUGACGCUUGAGACCACUCAAAUAAAUUCUAAACCUUCAAA